GCGAUAUGUGGAGGGUUUCCUCGAGCUCUCCAACCGGCUCUGAUAUGGAAGUUGAGGAAGUAAUGAGACUUCCCAAGCCUCGUCAUCCAACUCCCGCAGGAAUGCGCCGCGUCUCCCCAGCUCACCCCACGCCGAGAACCUCCACAUACCACUCCAACGGCUCCUACCGCCUGCCUAACCCCAAAUUCCCCGUGGUCCUCCGAAGCUCCGCCGGAGUCUUCAGCCCAGGAGCGCCGUGCUCUCAGCAGUCAAGAUGGCCGUCCGCUCGGAAGUCAAGCCCGCCAGACGUUCAUGUGGCACUCGCUCCAGUGCCAACUCCUCAAAAGCGCUUUGCUGGGCCUGCUCCUCCAGAGUGCCCUCCAGUGCCAGCACCACAUAAGCACUACCUUGAUCCCCAGUUCAGCCCAGUGAGGGCCCCUGUUUUGCCGUUAAGCCCAGGACAGGCUCCUCAUCCCCAUUCUGCCCGGGAAGGGCUCCAGCCCCAGAGCUCGCUCCACGCUGCCCCCGGGGUUCUCGGCACCCGUCCUCACCCCAGAAGCCGCUCUAACACGCUUCUCUGA